GUACUUAGCUAAGUUUUGCAAAAGCUUCCCAGGAAAGAACGGCGCCCCGCGUCUUGUCGUGCUCCGAGCAUGCUGAAUGCUGGAUGUUGCUGCAGAAAAACUGGGUCGGAUUAUGAGCACCCUUAGGGUUUUCCGUAGGGAAGGGAAGCCGCCAAGGAAGGCUUCAGAACCUGAGCCACGGAGAAUCCUCCAGAGUCUGUCCACCUGGCAGCUGUCCACGUGGCAGGCAUUCAAAUUGGCCCUGUGACCAGAUCUGUAUCCACCCCUUCCUCCCUGCUAGUCUGAGUUUUGUGUUGCAUUUGCCCGACUUUAUAGCUCUGUAUAAUUUUAUUGCAAACGGGGCCUCUGUACAUAGUCUUUCUGGUGUUCUUUAAAAAAUAUAUAUUGCAACUUGCAUCUUUGGAACCAGCGUUGUGGUAGGAGCUGGUGCAAAAUGACGAGGGAUUGAAAUUGGUGUUGAAUUUCUUAGGACGCUAAAGCAAAGUUGAGGCUAAUCUACUUGGGUGGGAACUUUGCCAGGUUCUGAGGUUUCCUUACCUGGAUUUGAGGACUGCACUUACUGCACAGAUGUGAGGGGCCUCAAGCAGGGCUGCUCGUUUAUGCUCAAAAUAGCUCACGAUGCACCUUUAAUACCCAUUUUAAGAUGAAGUGAUACCCCCAUGCUCAGAAAGUUUAUAAUUAGUUCAGCGGUGGGAAAUGAAUUUCCUCACUGGGUGUCACUUUCAGCGCUGGACGUACUUUCAUGUCCUUGCUUUUCAGUAGGUAGCUACUAGCUGUAAACGGACAUUUAAAUUAAAAUUAAAAUAAAUGUAAGAGAUUUUAGUUGCACUGACCACAUAUGAAACUCACUGCUCACUGCAAAAGAGUCUAUUUCCUUAAAUAGACUGCAUUUAAAUUGUCAUUUAAGGUAGGUUUCCUGUCAGAUGCUUAACAAAUGUUAAUAAUCAGGAAAAAGGGGGCUUCAAAGGUGAGAGGGCACAGUGGGCAAAAGUACUUGACUCGAAAGCCCAGCAACUUGAGUUGAUCCUAGGAAACUGUAAAGAAGGAGAGAACUGACUCUACAUCUACAUGAAUGUUGUACUGCUGUGUACAUAUACACAUCGUGUGUGUAUGCACACAAAAUAUUUUUUUAAAUUAAGGAAAGCUUGAAUUUUUUAUUGAGAUAGAGAGUCACAUGGAAUAAGAAAUAAUAGAGAGGUUAUAUGUAUUUGCAAAAUUAUAGUAAAAAUAUCACACAGGUAUUGAGGCUGGAGGGUUGGCUCAGCUGUUAAGAGCACCCACUGCUCUUGCUGAGGACCUGAGUCCACAUGGUGGCUAACAACCAUCUGGAACUCUUCCAAAGUGGAAGAAGAGCAUCAUGAAUGAUGAUUUAGGACCACAGUGAAGCCACUUACCAUCCAGCCUCUCCUUCCUGUUCUGCACUUUUGGGAAGCAAGUUAGGAAGCUUGGUCCAUAGUCAAGGUAGGUGGGACAGAAAUUGAGCCAACAAUCUUGGAAGGAGUAUUUACAUAAAUUAUUUAGAAUUCUCUUGCAGUGUUGUUCCUGUAAAACAGUCUUUGCAGAAAUAAAUCCUUUUUUUUUUCUUUCUUUUUUCAGACAGGGUCUCAAGUAGCCCAGAAUUCACUCUGCAGCCAGUAAUGAUUCAGAAAUCCUGCUCUUCCUGCCUCUACUUCCAGAAUACUGGGAUUACACGCAUGCACCAUGCUGAUGAUUGAACCCAGGACUCGGUGCAAGUGGUAGGCAAGUGUUGGAGACAACUGCCCUCUUUGAACGCUGCAGAAAGCAUGCGACUACAAGUGCAGAGUCACCAGUAGCCAAGAGUGUCUACUUUCUGAAGUGCAGUGUCCUUUACAAACUAUGCCUUGUUUACAAUGCUGUAUUGAACGCCUACGCGCACAGAGGCCGCAGUCUCAGGAUGCAGAAGGGAAGAGGAAGGACGAGCAGAAUCAGAAGACGGAAGCUCUGCAGAAGUGCUGACUCCAGAGGAGUGAAUGAGAGCUACAAGUCUGAAUUUAUAGAGCUAAAAAAGUGGCUGAAGGAUAGGAAGUUUGAAGAUACAACUUUAAUCCCUGCCUAUUUUCCAGGAACAGGAAGAGGGCUGAUGAGCAAAACCUCCCUGCAGGAGGGACAGAUGAUUAUUUCAUUGCCUGAGAGCUGUCUGCUCACCACGGACACAGUGAUUCGAAGCUUCUUAGGGCCCUACCUUAAGAAGUGGAAGCCACCCCCAUCUCCUGUGCUGGCGCUGUGUACCUUUUUAAUCUCAGAAAAGCAUGCUGGGAACCGGUCCCUCUGGAAGCCUUACCUGGACAUUCUACCCCAGUCAUAUACCUGCCCUGUCUGUUUGGAGCCAGAAGUGGUAGAUCUUCUUCCCGAACCUUUAAGAGCAAAGGCCAAAGAGCAGAGGGCCCACGUGCAGGACUUCUUUGCUUCCUCCAGAAGCUUUUUCUCUUCCUUGCAGCCUCUGUUUGUAGAGGCCGUGGACGGCAUCUUCAGCUAUGAUGCCUUCCUGUGGGCCUGGUGCACUGUGAACACCAGAGCUGUGUACAUGAGACCUAGGAGGCAGGACUGCCUCUCCGCAGAGCCAGACACACAAGCGCUUGCUCCGUACCUGGAUCUGCUCAACCACAGCCCGCAUGUCCAGGUAAAAGCAGCGUUUAAUGAGAAAACUGGCUGCUACGAAAUCAGAACGGCCUCGGGCUGUAGGAAGCACGAGCAGGUGUUCAUCUGCUACGGCCCCCAUGAUGACCGCCAGCUGCUCCUGGAGUAUGGCUUCAUCUCUCGCCACAACCCUCAUGCCUGUGUUCCCAUCUCAGGAGAAAUGCUUGUUAAAUAUCUUCCACCGACAGACAAACAGAUGCACAAGAAGAUGUCCAUUUUAAAGGAUCACGGCUUUGCAGAAAACUUGACAUUUGGCUGGGAUGGACCAUCUUGGAGGUUACUCACGGCUCUUAAGUUGUUAUGUAUGGAGGCUGAGGAAUUUACAUGCUGGAAAAAAAUACUGCUUGGGGAAGUGAUCUCAGACACAAAUGAGAAGACAAGUUUGGACACAGCCCAGAAAAUAUGCUGCUCUUUCAUAGAAGAGACGAUGGUUGUGCUUCAGAAGGUUUCCGACAUGAAGGAGAGAAAAGUGUCCUUGAUAGAUCAACUCAGUUUGGUGGAAGCAUUGUGGACAGAAGAGCUGAGGAUUCUCAAGGCCUCUGCUGAGGUCCUGAGCUUACAAACCCCUUCCCUGACUUCAUCGGGAAGCCUGUGAUUACCUCCUGUGGAGGGUGUGACUUCCGAGUUUUUAAACUGAGGUUGGAUUAAAUUGACCUUUAUAUAGAA